CAAACUUUAUGGUUCGUCGAUUUUCGCCCCCUCACUUGGAGAGCACUGCUGUAUCAGGUGGAACAAAUACCAGGUUUCAUCCGACAGACGAAGAGCUUGUCGGAUUCUAUCUCAAACGGAAGAUCGAAAAAAGACCUAUUCGUAUCGAACUUAUUAAGCAGGCUGAUAUUUACAAGUAUGACCCAUGGGAUCUUCCAAAAUCGAGUGACGUAGGGGACGACAAGGAGUGGUACUUCUUCUGCAAACGAGGAAGAAAAUACAGGAACAGCACACGACCCAAUAGGGUUACGGGUACGGGUUCGGGUUUCUGGAAAGCCACCGGAAUCGACAAACCUGUAUACUCCGGCGCCGGAGACAAGUGUAUUAUUGGCCUGAAAAAAUCCCUCGUGUACUACCGUGGAAGCGCCGGGAAAGGGACCAAGACCGACUGGAUGAUGCACGAGUUCCGCCUUCCGGCGAGCCACGACGGCAAAACCAUCACCAAAAACGGUGUCACUAAAAACUUUGCUCAAGAAGCUGAAGUUUGGACCUUAUGCCGAAUAUUAAAGAGGAACGUUACUUACAAGAAUUGUGCACAAGAUUGGAGAGAAGUUGCUGCAAAUAAAAACACAAUAAUCAAUAAUAAUAAUAAUAAUAAUAAUAAUAAUAAUAAUAUUCCAAUAAUUAAUUCAAAUUACUCCAAAGCAUGCAACAACAAUGUAUAUUAUUCUAAUCAGAACAGUCAAAUAAGUUACAAUAUUAUAAAUUUCAAUGCUCAAAUAAAUAAUAAUAAUUAUUAUAAUUACAAUAUUCCAAAUAAUUAUCAACAACGUGAUUUUCCAGGCCGUAAUUUCCUUUCGUCAACUUCGUCGCUUUCGAGCUCUGUAGAUAUAAUUAGUGACGAAUUUCUAAGGCGUGCCGAUUGGGAAGAUCUUCGAUCCGUUGUAGACUGUGCUGCUGCGCUAAGCCCAUACAUAACUAAAAAUUGCAAUUCGGUGUAAAUAUUUUGUUUACGUAUUUUAAUUUGAAUUUUUUUUUUCUUUCAUACAUGCAUUGGAUAAACUCUGCUUUCGUGUACUAGUUCGCAAAGUUUAUAAUAUAUAGAAGAAAUUAUUAUUA